CCCUGUCCGUAUCUUUACCAACGUUACCUAGAUCCGAAAUCCAAAUGCAGACGAAAUUUUCGGAGGGAUUCGAAGUACAACACGAACCGCUCAUUUUGAUCUGAAUAUUAUUUAUUGACGACUACAGUACCUUACCUGACUAGCGUUUUCACGCAUUAAUUUCUACAAAUUUAUUUAUUUCGAGAUAGGUGAAUAUCUAUUAACGUAUAAUGACAAGGUCAAAGAUAGAAUUGGGGGAUGUCACACCCCACAAUAUAAAGCAACUGAAACUGCUUAAUCAAGUCGUUUUUCCUGUCUCGUAUAACGAGAAAUUCUACAAAGACGUCUUGGAGGCUGGGGAGCUGGCUAAACUAGCUUACUAUAAUGACAUUGUGGUAGGGGCUGUGUGUUGUCGUGUAGAUACAUCAGAGAAUUCGCGCCGUUUGUAUAUAAUGACUUUGGGAUGUUUGUACCCUUAUCGACGAUUGGGAAUCGGCACCGUUAUGGUACAACACGUACUUAAUUAUGUUUCCAAAGACGGAAACUUUGACUCGAUAUUUUUGCAUGUCCAAGUCAACAACGAGGGGGCUAUUGAUUUCUACAAAAAGUUCGGCUUUGAAGUUGUUGAGACGAAAAAACAUUACUACAAACGUAUCGAACCUGCAGACGCACAUGUGUUACAAAAAACUUUGCGUCCACCAACUACAGCAAAUCAUCAAUCAGCAAGUCAAUGAAUAAAUUCUUUUCACGUAUCAAUCUUCCAUCAUCUGUUUUCAUCUUAUAAUGUUAUCUGCUGUACAAAUUGUCAAUAAAAAUUGUUCCUUAUAUC